CUCAUCAUUUCCCUGAGAAAUCUCGCGUUGCGGUAGUGCGGUGCAACAAGGAGCGCAGCUUCCUUGAAACAGGUGUAAAAACCGAGAGUAUAGUACUCAAGGACAGUGUACUGUGGUACCGACAGCGAGAGUCCUUUUUCAUGUGCUGCACCACGAGCGUAGCAGUGAAGUUCGCCAGCCGCGGUUUAGCCCUCACUCUAGGACGCAAGUACUUUUCCUCGCACAAAAUGCCACAGAUUAUGGUCGAUGGUGUGGUGGCGAAGCUGAACGAGUUCGCGCCGGAGAGCCUGUGCGAAAAGUGGGAUAACGUUGGGCUACUGAUAGAGCCGUACAUGAGAAGGGUUGUUUCAAACAUCCUACUCACCAUCGACCUGACCGAGAUGGUGAUGAGUGAGGCGGUGUCGCUGAAUGCGGAGUUUAUCAUCUCGUACCACCCACCGAUCUUCGCCCCGCUGAAACGGAUCACGCAAAAGUCCUGGAAGGAGCGGAUCGUGACACUGUGCCUGCAGGAGGGCAUUGCCGUCUACUCGCCUCACACCUGCUGGGAUAACGUAACGAACGGUGUGAACGAUUGGCUGGCCGCCGCCCUGCCACUAGCCAGCGCCCAGCCGAUCCAGGAGAAUCUGUCUAACCCAUCGUACGGUUCGGGGCGCAUCUGCGUGGUGCAGGGCGAGCUAACGCUGGACCGGGCGAUCGAGAGAAUCAAGAAGUAUACGCAGGUCAAGACGCUGCAAGUGGCCCGCUCGCACAGUGCCUUGAUGAACGAUACACCGAUCCGGACGUUCGCCGUGUGCGCCGGCUCGGGCGGCUCGGUGCUCAAGGGAGUGAAGGCCGAUCUGUACAUAACGGGAGAGAUGUCACACCACGAAAUAUUGGACGCCACGCACCAGAACAUCCACGUGGUGCUGCUCGGCCACAGCAACUCCGAGCGUGGCUACCUGCCGGUGUUCCAGAAGAUCCUUGCCAACAUGCUGCAGGAUUACAGCGAUGUAAACAUACAUGUGUCCAACUUUGAUGCGGACCCAAUCAAGGUAUAUCCCGUGCGGCUGACGUAAGCGUGCUAACGCUCGCUACCUCCCUGCCAUCUCCCUUUUGCCCCCACCCCCCUUUUGCUAGUAAGCAUACUGGAUCGGUGCCAUCCCACUGGUCCUGGAAGGCCCCAUUUCGUUCGCUUGGUAACGGAUUUACCAAAUCAGUCAUACGACACAUACUGUGACUAGUGCAUCGGUGCACAUACGCGCGCGCAAUAGUGUACUGGUGCAAGCCAUGCAUCCAUUAAACGACUUAUGAAAUUGAACUGCAUUUUGAACUGCAAAAUAAAUAAAACUAUUGAUGUACGAAUAUGCA